AUGUCUCGACUCGAGUCCAGCGGGGACACCCCGAUGCCCCUCGAGGAGGCCUCAUCCUCACGCUGGUCUAAGUUCUGCGACCGGGUCAAAGGAUCCUUCAGCGGUGCAGACCCUAGAGUUUGCAUCGCUUUCUGGCUAUUUGGCCUAAUCAAUAAUGUCCUCUAUGUGAUCCUUCUCUCUGCAGCUUUAGAUUUGGUCGGCCCUGAUGUACCUAAAGGCGUCGUUCUCCUCGCGGAUGUCAUUCCAUCUUUCGUGACGAAAUUGACUGCGCCAUACUUUAUCCACUUGGUCCCGUACUCCAUCCGAGUCGUCAUCUUCGUGUUCCUAUCGGUUGUCGGCAUGCUGAUCGUGGCGAUGAGCCCAAGCUACACGGAAGGCGGCGCAAUUACAUCCAAGAUUGCGGGUAUCAUUUUGGCUAGUCUCUCCGCUGGUGGUGGUGAGCUUAGUUUUAUGGGUCUUACCCAUUACUAUGGCCAGUUCAGUUUGGCUGCUUGGAGUAGUGGUACCGGUGCCGCCGGUUUGGUCGGCGCUGGCGCUUAUGCAUUGGCUACCAACACUAUAGGUAUCUCAGUGAAUGCUACGCUCUAUGCAUCGGCUUGCUUACCGGCUCUCAUGGUGGUGAGCUUCUUUGUUAUCUUACCCCGAUAUCCACUGCGCGCGGCAUCUCCGGACAGCUAUAUUUCUGUCGAAAGAGGAGAGCACCCGGGUGUUGAUGAAGCAGAUGAAGCGGGCAUAGAGUCCGAGCGUGAAGAGUCGGAAGGACUCCUGGGUGUAUCUGUUCAUUCGGAUACACCAAAAUCCGUUCAGAUCAACGUCGAGGCCUUUUGGUGGGACCAUGUGCAAAGGAACAUGCAGCAGCUAGGAAAACUCUUUUUCCCAUUUAUGCUCCCGCUACUCCUGGUAUUCAUCGCCGAGUACGUGAUCAACCAGGGUGUUGCUCCGACACUCCUCUUCCCUCUGUAUUCAAGUCCAUUCAAGGACUUCCGAUCCUUCUACCCGGCAUAUAACGCCAUUUACCAAGCCGGUGUCUUCGUCUCACGCUCAUCCACCCCAUUUUUCCGAGUGCACUGGCUCUAUAUCCCCUCCCUCCUACAAGUACUCAACUUAGUUCUGCUGAGCCUGCACUCCAUGUUUAACUUUAUUCCUAACGUCUAUCUUGUCUUUCUUGUGAUAUUCUGGGAAGGUUUGCUUGGUGGCCUUGUAUACGUCAACACAUUUGCGGAGAUCAGUGACCGUGUCCCGGAAGAAGAGCGGGAGUUCUCACUUGGCGCGACGACUGUUAGUGACUCGGCUGGCAUUUGUAUUGCUGGGUUCCUUAGUAUGACGAUGGAAGUUGCUCUGUGCAGGUUUCAAAUGUCCCGAGGCAGGGAGUACUGUCGAAUGGUAUAG